GAUUACUAAGAUUUAUAAGUGAUUGUUUUUAAAAAUAUUACAAUUGAUACAUACAUCAUUAAUAUUACUACGUUUAGAAUAAUAUUCCCAAUAAAAAUGAAUCUUAAGUCUUACGUUAUUUUGUUUAGCAUAUUAGUGUUUUGUGUCAACAAAUCGACAGCUUUUCUCAAAUGUUAUGCGUGCUCUACGACUGAGGAUGACGCAGAUACACACUGUUUAGAUAAUCCUGGAUCAAAAGACACCGAUAUACUAGAAUGCGACAAAAAAUACUGCUAUGUGGUGAGACAGGAUUACAAGGAUCCUAGGGGCAAGCUCCAAUCGAUAACAAGAACUUGCCUCGACAAACCAACAUAUUCAAAUAAAAUCAUUGAAGAUGCUACACAUAGGAUAUACUUUAGGGCCUGUAAGUCAGAUUUGUGCAACGGAGGUAACGGUCACACUGACGAAAGCUCUGGAGAAGAAGGAGCGUUUGGAGAUAAAGGAACUAUUUACGUUCCUGGAACUGGUUCAAAUAAUGCCGGCAAAGUUAAAGUAUUUUUAAGUGUCAAUGUAGUGUUGUUUGUCGUGCUGUGUUUUGUAAGAUAAUUUAGAGGGAUUUAAUGUUAAUAAAGUAGGCUUAUUAUUUAUGCAAA